GCUCCACACACGCGGAGCUCUCUCUCUCUCUCUCUCUCUCUGUCUCACACACACACACAAACGCCGUGUUUAUCUCUAACAGCGUUUACUGAGCAGCGGACGUACGUCUCGCACACUGAACGGGUUUAUCAGCGUGUGCUGCUCUCCGGGGUUUCGUGGUCAAUAACCGAGCGCCCUGUGGGAUGUGUGUGUGAUGGAGUGUGUGAUAGAGUGUGUGUGAUGGAGUGUGUCCCGUAGAGAGGAAUCACUGCAGCUCCGCGGGCAUGGAGGAGAAAAUCCCGGGAUUAUUACUGCUACUGCUGCUGCUGAGCGGCGCGUGCGUCCCCGACCAAGUCUUAACGGAACACAGGUGGGACAUGCGGGAGAUGUCAACAGGUGGGAUUUGCCGUUACGGGAACAGAGUGGAUUGCUGUUGGGGCUGGACACGAGAGAGCUGGGGACAGUGCAAACUGUGUGAGUUGGGCUGCAAGCAUGGAGAGUGUGUUGGUCCAGAUCAGUGCCGCUGUCACAAGGGAUACACGGGCAAGACCUGCAACCAAGAUGUGAACGAGUGUGGGCUGAAGCCGCGGCCCUGCAAACACCGCUGUAUGAACAUGGUGGGCAGUUAUAAGUGUUAUUGUCUCACCGGCUACAUGUUGACCCACGACGGCAUCUGCAGGAACACCCAGACAUGUGCGAUGGCUAACUGUCAGUACGGCUGUGCGGUGAUGAAGGGAGUGGUCAUGUGUCAAUGCCCGUCGCCAGGGUUACGGCUUGGCCCCGACCGCAGGACAUGUGUUGACAUUGAUGAGUGUGUGAUGGGUGUGGCCAAGUGUCCAAGGUUCCGGAAGUGUGUAAACACAUUUGGCAGUUACAUCUGCAAAUGUCACACGGGCUUUGAGCUGCGCUACAUCAAUGGCAAAUACCAGUGUACAGAUAAGAACAACCCCUGCCAUGAAAUGCCAGACUCCAAAAAGUGCAGAUGUAAACUUGGGACCAGGGGGUGGAGCUAUGACUGCAAGUCUGUUAUUACAGUGACUGUUGAUCCAGCCAGACCAUUUACAACACCCAGUCCUGCAACUAAAAUCACCAUAGCAACACUUCCCCUGACUACAAGCCCACCCACCACAACCAAAAAACCAGCCAGGACAACCGUCAUUAUGACAACAACCACAGCAACAACCACUUCACCAACAACCACCACCACCUCAGCAACAACAACUAUUUCAACAACCUCUACAACCACGACAACACCAACCACAUUCCCUACAUCAGCAACACCAACCACUGUUGCUAUGACAACAGCAGAAACCACUGUUGCUAUGACAACAGCCGAAACCACUGUUGCUUUGACAACAGCAGAAACCACUGUUGCUAUGACAACAGAACUGACCACUGUUCUGACCACUGUUGCUAGUACAACAGCAGCCACUGUACCUACAACAACAGCACCAACCACUGUUGCUAGUACAGUGCCAACCACUGCUGAGAUACCAACCACUGUCACUACGACAACAAUACCAACCACUGUCACUAUGACAACAAAUCCAACCACUGUGGCUACAACAGGAGUGCCAACCACCACCACCAUGGCAACAAUCAGUACCACUCUGGAUAACCGCAUACAGGAGAUCACACAAAGGCCAAGGGGAGAUGUGCACAUUCCGAGGAAUCCAGAGCAGAACGUGUUCGAGCUGGACUUUGAUGAUAUUGAGUUGGGAAACACGGCAGAUUUUGCACGUGAUGAUCCAGCUGCUGGCUCUUUGAGCUGCUCUUUUGAUCAGGGUGUGUGCAGCUGGAUGACGGAUCGGGAAGGAGAUCUGCGCUGGGAGACUGUAACUGAUCCACGCGGUGGGCGGUACCUGACUGUACCAGAGCCAAAGACAGGAAGAAGUUUCAGAGGGGCACGGCUUACUAUCUCUUUAGCCCCACCCACUACUCCACCUUGGAAAGGGAGAGAUCUUUGCCUCAUAUUUAGGCACCGCCUCCAAGGGCUUCUCAUUGGCUCACUGCAGGUGUUUGUGAAAAAGGGGUGGGGCUACAGUCCAGCAGUCUGGACGAGGACAGGCGGGCAAGGGUGGAGACAUACACAAGUCACACUGUGGGGGCAGGGCAUUGAAAGUGUGGUGUUUAAGGGAGAGAGGAGGAAGGGGCAGAGCGGAGAGAUCGCCAUUGAUGAUGUGAGCAUACACAAAGGAGUGUGCAGUAACACAGGACAAGACUGACACACACACACACACCGGAGCUAUUAAUUAUUACAGAUGUGACCUCAGGUUUGACUUUAACACUUGACCACUCCACAUGGUAACCAUGGAUACCACACAUCACUGUGGACUUCUGUGGUACAAGUUCUUCUGGGAUUAAAAAGUUCAGAGUAAAGAACUUUUUCACAACAUGCAGAAAACAGACUGCUUUAUUUGAAAGAAAAAGGUUUAUGCAGAGAAUCAGUAACGAAAGCAGAGCGAGGGAUGAAAUCUGUCCACAUACAGGACCAUGGAAAUAUUACAAUUCAAAGAGUUCAAUAAAAGCACUUUGCCUUAUUAGCUGUUGUGUUGCUGUGCAGGAUGUAACUAAUGUUCUAAAGUUCAUUUAUUAACAUGUAACUCUAUUUCAUGGACAUAAGAAAAAGCACAGGAAUGUUUUCAUGGAUACAGGAACUUUAUUAAGGCAGGAACUUUUUACAGGAGCAUGGGAAUAAUCUUCCAGGAACUUUUUCAUGGAUACAGGAACUUGAACUUUUUUUUUUAAAGGAACAUGGACAAGGAGAGCAUUUAUUUAACACAGGAACUUAUUCAUGGAUUGGGAACUAUUUUACAGGAACACAGGAGUGUUUACAAAAUGAAAUGGAAGAGUUUCUGAUUUCAGGACUACAGGAACGUAACUUGUUCCUGAAUUACCAGAUGUUUAUAUUUUUGCUUUCUGCUCAUUAACAUAUAAAAUCACAUACAUUUUAUUAUUUUUUAAAAAUAGUCCCUUGUUUUUAUUGCAGUGUGUCACAUAAUGAAGACAAAUUUUACAAGCUGGGUUACAGAGCACAGAAAGUGUGUGUGUGGUGGGGGUGGGGGUGUCUAAUAUGUCUUUAACCAGUUAAGCUGUGGAAUGCUUUCAGAGCGAAACCCUGUUACACACACACACACACAGACACACACAAUUAUUUACUGAAAGAUACACACUCAUCUCUCUCAAAUGCAUUUUAUUAAUUCAUAAAUUUUCCAGCCUUCUCUGUAGUAGCAAGGCAUUGUGUGUGUGAUCUUGUGAGUCUGCUGGAAUGUGUCUAAACACAUACACACACACACACACUAUUAAAUUAUGUGUUGAGAUUAAAGCAGGUGUGCUCUAUAAAUCAUCAGACUGUUAAACUCCGCCCACACACUAAGAGAGAGAGAGAGAAAUUGUGUGUGUGUGUGUGUGUGCAUGAAUCACUCAACCUAAUGUGUGUUUUUGUUCCACUGCGCACCUUAGCAAAACCUUAAGGUUGAAAAGUCAUGACACAUGACCUCUAUCUCCUUCCUUAUGUGUGUGUGGGGGGGGGCGACACUGCUCACGU